GGCAAAGAAACAGACUAAAAAGGACCUCACUUCAUCUAGUGCCUGCAUCUUUUAGCCUGCCACGCAAUUGCCAAAAGGGCUUACCCCGGAAAAUGUAAACAUUUAAAAAGGUCUAUGGUGGUCAGGCAGAUGGCAAAAUGAAAAUGUAAAAAUUAAAUUCUGGGAUCAAAAUGAAUUUGGAUAUACCUAUUGAGAGUUUCUCAUGCAAAACUUCCAGGUAAGUGCGACUUAUAGAAAGACCUUGGCAUCUUAGUGAAUUCACAUUGUUUUCUUCAGAUUAAAUUCCACUUUUUUUUAUUCACCAGAAUUUUAAAAACUGAGGUGAUUUUUAUGUCAACCUGCUUUUUUGUAUCUUGUGAAAUGAGGAUGACUUUGAUAGAAAGAGUUAAUUUUUAAAACAUGAAAUAACACCUUGUUAAUAAGUUUCUGAAGAAAUUUGUUAACAAAUAUAAUUUUAUUUUGCAGCAAAUAUACAUAUGUAUUUAUCCACAAUCAACAUUAGAAUGUCUUGUAAACUAUCAAAAAAAUUUAUUGAUAUAACACAAAGGUUCACACGUUUUUUUCACAAUGUGUCUCCUAAACGAAGAGUAGUAUGUUCUGGAAUAGGCAUUGUAUCACCUCUUGGAUGUGGAAGUCAGUUAGCGUGGCAGAAACUUAUAGGUGGAUCUAUUGGCGUGAAAUUAAAUAAAAAACCAGGCUUUGAAGGCAUUCCAUCGCAGGUUGCUGCUUUUGUUCCCACUGGCAUUUCGCAUGGUUCUUUUAAUAUUCCUGAUUUUAUUAAAAAAGGAGACACAAAAUAUUUAUCACAGAGUAUGAUUUAUGCUUUAGUAGCUGCAGAGGAAGCUAUUGAAGAUUCGGGUUGGAGACCUACGGAUGCUAAGUGCAAACAGCGUACUGGAGUUGCUGUUGGUAGUGGAAUGGUGGAUAUGGAAACUAUAGCUGAAACCUCUCUGACUUUAAAAGAAAGAGGUUACAAACGUGUUAGUCCUUAUUUUGUGCCUAAGAUCCUAGUUAAUAUGUCUUCAGGACACAUCAGUAUAAGGUAUGGAUUCCAAGGACCUAACCUUUCUGUUUCAACAGCAUGUACAACAGGUUGUCAUGCAAUAGGAGAUUCAAUGAGACUUAUACGUAAUAGUGACGCUGAUGUAAUGAUAUGCGGUGGAACAGAGGCUGCUAUUAUUCCUGUGGCUGUUGCAGGUUUUUCCAGAGCACGUGCACUUUCUCAUUUAUUUUCCCAAAAUCCAGAAUCAUCUUCAAGACCAUUUGAUAUGGAUAGAGAUGGAUUUGUUAUUGGGGAGGGAGCUGCCAUCUUAGUCCUAGAAGAAUAUGACCAUGCUCUCAAGCGGAAUGCUAAAAUAUAUGGUGAAGUAUUGGGUUAUGGUAUGUCAGGUGAUGCAUAUCACAUGACUGCUGCACAUGAAGAUGGAACUGGGGCAUAUCUUUCAAUGAAUGCUGCAUUACAAGACGCAAUAAUUUCACCAUCAGAUGUUCAAUAUGUAAAUGCCCAUGCUACAUCAACACCAAUUGGAGAUGCUGUUGAAAAUGUAGCAAUAAAAAGGUGUUUUGGUGAGCAUGCGUAUAACUUAAAAAUCUCUUCGUGCAAAGGUGCAAUUGGACAUUUAUUAGGAGCAGCAGGGGCCGUUGAAUCUGCCUUUACAUUGCUGGCUCUACAUGAUAAAAUUAUUCCACCAACAAUGAAUUUAUUUAAACAAGACAAAAAAGCUGGUUUUGAUUUAGAUUAUGUAGCUAAUGAAGCCAAGGAUUAUACUUCAUCUGGAAAAAGACGCAUUGCUUUAAAAAAUUCGUUUGGUUUUGGUGGCACAAAUGCUACAUUGUGUUUUGGAGAACUACAAUAACUAUUGUAAAUAUUGAGAAUAGAUAAUAAUGAUGUAUAUUUUUAUUCUUGACUAGCAACUAGUUUAUGUAUAAAACGUUUUUUAUUAUGUAUGUAUUUUUAGCAACUCUCUAUAACAUGUUGAAAAAUUUCCCUAACUUCAAUUUCGCAGGACAACUGCAUUGU